UCGACAGCAUGAACUUGUGUCGCCACUCCUAUUCGCACCUUCCUCUUGGAGAAUGGAUCGGUGCUGUGACGCAGGCGUCGAGGAAUGCACGAUUGGCCGGACGAGAGACAUGUCGAAACAUGCAUGAACCGCCGCAGACUACUCUGGAGUCGGACUUGAACCUGCACGGCGAUCUUUGGAGAAAAUUACUGGCAUUGCUGCUACUGAGACUGGAGAGCAAUCACGCCGAUACGGAUGUCGGUUGACAACAAGUGAGUGCAGUACAGUUCAGUACCGCUUUUCUUGGGCUCUACCUUGCCAUGCGUUUGCGAUUCUGCGUACACGAGGCGCCCGCUCGGGGAAGACCCUAUCAGUCGCCUAGAUCGCAACAUCUCCACCACGAUACGAUGGACAGUAGCGUCUGAUAGGCCAAGCAAAGCUUCAGCCACACAAGAACUCGUUCUACAGAUGGCCAUACCGCUAAUUUACACAGUCGACUUCACCGCUCGGCGACCGCCGGAUCCUUGCAUGGAACAGCAUGACUCGUGUCCAAGGAUUUUCACCGGGCUCGAAAAAGAACCUUGACCAGCAAGCAACAUCCUUGCAGCCCUGCCCUAUCGACGGCGAGCCCUGGUCAAG